CUUACUUUUCAUCUUAAGUUACUUUUCUUUUGUUUGCCGGCUGGGAGUUGCGUGUGAUGAUUUUCCGAAACCUGAUAAAAAAUUCCGUAAUAUCUAAAAAACUUUUAAAACAAAAUUUCAAUUCAUCAGCAUAUGUUCGGACUGUUACCACAAGCCUCCGCAAGAUGAAAUAUCUCAACCAGCAGGAGGCUAUCAGUGUCGAUGAAGAACUUUUCAACGAAUUCAAAUUUAGCGUCGAUCAAUUGAUGGAGCUGGCUGGGCUCAGCUGCGCUCACGCUAUCAACGAUUGCUAUGGAUCCUCGCGGAGCAAUAUCAAGCGCAAAGUUCUGGUUUGUUGCGGUCCCGGCAAUAACGGAGGUGAUGGUCUGGUAGCUGCAAGACAUCUGGUCUUGAUGAACUUCGAUGCCUACGUCUACUAUCCCAAGCGUACCGAAAAAGAUCUCUUUAUCAACCUGCAGCAUCAGUGUGAAUCGAUGGGAAUCACGGUGAGCAAGGAGUGUCCCAGCUUGGAUUGGGUUGAACAAGAGUUUGGACUAGUUGUGGAUGCUCUGUUUGGGUUCAGCUUCAAACCUCCGGUGCGGGAGUCGUUUUCGCCGAUUAUGGAUGUUCUCAAGCAGACCAGGGUUCCAGUUGUGAGUAUCGACAUACCCAGCGGAUGGCACGUGGAGGAAGGUCCCCAAGACGAAUGCAGCCUUAAACCUGAUUGCUUGAUUUCCCUGACGGCUCCUAAGCUGUGCGCCAAAAAGCUGACCAAUGCCAAACACUACCUUGGAGGGCGAUUUGUUCCGCCUAAAUUACAGGAAAAAUACGCUAUGGAGCUGCCUUUGUAUGAGGGAAAUCAACUUUUCGUAAAAUUAUAUUAACUUGUUUAACGUGCUGUGUAAUUAUGUAGUCUGUUUUUAUUAAAUUCUGUUUAUUAAUCCUUGUUGUAUUAAGUUGUAA